GAAACACAACCUCAGUCUAGUACAGGUUUUUCAGAGUAACAGAAGCUUGUAUACAGUGUUCAACAAUAACUGGUGCUGUAAGCGGUAAAAAAUGGUGUGUUGUCAAAGACGAGCUGUGCGAUCAACUUAGUGGUUUAAUGUCACUAAUAUUUAAUAAGCCAUCUCAAGGCCCAAAGCACAAAAUAACUAAACUGUCAAAAAAAGGAAUCCCAAAAACAAUCAUAGCUAACAAGGUUGAAGUUGUAGAAAAAGAAUCAGUGGUAGAUGCUUUUCCAUUGCAAGAGGAAGAGAAACAUGACUAUACAUUAUCCAAUGAAGACAUUGAAAUUCAUUCUGUGGAGGCACUGCCAGAUUCUAGAUCUAGUUCUACUCCUGAGUCAAGUCAUGAUUCAUUGAUUCCCCAAGAAUCAGAUAUUAACAAAACCAUUAAGGAGUUCCAAGAACUAAGGGAGGAACGGAGCGGUAGACUAGAUCGAGAUAGCAUGAAUUUUGAAAUGCUUUUUACUGUAGCUGAUGUUGGUGGGCAACCAGCAUUUCUGGAAAUGCUACCAUCCUUAACUCUAGGACCAGCUCUAUACCUUGUGUUUAUGAAACUUAAACAAGACCUAACUUUCAGAAGCAGAGCAGAGUUUAAACCCAAGGACUCGAGUACCAAAUAUUUCGAGAAUUACUCGUACACUUCAGAAGAAGUCAUUUUUACAGCACUUUCAAGCAUAGCUUGCUUUGGGCACUCAGAUGAGCAAGUGGAAAAAUAUGUUAAGCCAGCAUCAGAUGAGAAAAAGCGAAAAGGUUCUGUAGUGUUACUUGUGGGAACUUUUCUUGAUGAGAUUCAAAAUGAUCUGCAACGAAAUCUUGACAAGAUAAAUGGACAGCUAGAGGAACGGCUUAAAAACACAGCAUUUUUUGAAGAAGGACUUGUCCACCGUAUCAAAUUGUCAAAAGAUGAUAGCUUAUUGGUGAAUAACGUAAGUGCCAAAGAAGGUGAAAUAGAAAAGCAUAGAGACCUUUUAGAAAAGAUACCUAAAGAUUACUUUCGAGAAUAUCAAAUCCCAGCACAAUGGUUAAUGCUCAGUAUUUGUCUUAAGCUUCUUGCUAGAAAUCAAAACAAGUAUCACAUUUCCUUUGAUGAUUGCGUCAAGUUGGGGAAGCAUAUUGGUAUGGACGAAGAUAUGGUGAGUGUUGCCUUGCAAUUCCUACACAAAUACAUUGGGCUUAUAAUGUAUUUUCCUCAUCACGAAAACCUUCAGAAAAUUGUAAUAUGUAAUCCACAAGUAGUAUUUUCAACUAUUAGUGAACUAAUCUUCAACAUUUACGAUCACAACAAGAAUCAAGUUAACCAAGCAAAGUGUGACCACUUUGUGCAAACUGGUUGCUUUUCACCUAAAGAUAUCCAACUAGAAACCGUGAAUCAAGAGAAGAAUAAACUCCUUUCUAUUGAAACUUUAGUUGAUCUGUUAGUGUACCUUCACAUUGCUGCUAAAGUGCCCCUAUCUUCUAAUAGAGAUACUCUUGAGUACUUUCUGCCAGCGGUUCUUCAAACUGCUGAAAGAGAUAUGGUUCAAAGGAGGAAAAAAGAUAUAAAUGAGGAAUUGCUUCCCGAACCAAUCUGCAUUCGAUUUAAAACGGGAUAUCUACCUUUAGGCUUUGUAUGUGCAUUGAGUGCAAAUCUUAUUGCUGAGAAUAAGUUUGAUCUACUCAUUAGUGAAAGCAAAUGUUACAAGAAUAGGAUUCUAUUUCGAUUUGAUGGUAAAUUCGAUAUCACUGUGAUUUCUUGUCCUAGGUAUUGCGAGUUUCGUGUUUUGAGGCACUCACCAGGCAACACUGAAUUUUGGAGUGAGGAUUGUUGUCCUCUAAUUAAGGAAAUUGUAUGUACAGCUGCGAAUAAAGUUAUCCAAUCUAUGCAACAUGGUUUGCGUUGGAUAGGUACAGAUUCUGAAAUGUAUAAUCUAGCUUUCCAUUGUCGAAGCAAAGUACACUCUAAGGCAGAAUUUGGACAGGAAUCUCUCGCUAUAUUCUGCCAUUCUGACCAAGACACACGUGUUCCUAAGGCUAAAUGCACCCACUGUAAUACGGCUAUUGAUCCACUGCCCCCUGAAAUGAGUGUUUGGUUUGGUGAGCAUCCAAGUAUUUCGCUGAAAAUCGAAAAACAACCUGCUCGAAAAGGAAAUGUCGUAACUAUAAUUGCAAAUGGAUUACGACCACUAACGUAUGAAUGGUUUUUAGGGAAGAAAAAGCUUUGUGAUAUUAAUGACGAGGACUAUGAUGGUUACACAACAGAUAAGCUUGUGAUUAAGAAGGACCUUUUUUUAACUGAAGGUGUAUUAAAGUGCAAAGUGAAAGACAAGUCAACUGAUUGUGUUGCAAUUGAAUCUGAUGAGCUUGAUCUCUUUGAAGAGGAGCUCAGAAAUACUGGGAAGUUGCAAGAAGAAGAGAUCGGCAAAAUAAAGGAUAAUGGAUUUAAAAGUGUUAAAGAUUUGCAACGUGCCCAGCAGCUGGACAAGCUAAACUUUUUGAACACGGCUGAAAAGAUAAGGAUGGAAUGCAGCGGACUCUUUGCUUCUGUUCAGAAAAGUAAUGCUGCGAUUUCUGAUCAUAUAACCUCACACCGUUGCAAAAGACCUCUUACAUCAGACGAAGAAGUUGAAAUCCCUCCAAAGCGUCGGAUUAAGGAUAUCGGUGCACAAAAUGCAUCAGGAGGGCCAACAGAAAGUAGUGAGAAGGGAAAGAGUGAACCUAAACUUGUUACCAAGACUGAGGAGACAACACAAUCUGGUCGAAAACGCGGAAGAGACCCACCUGCUAGCAACCAAAAGAGAGCAAAAGCGAUACGGCCAGGAAAGAUCGAAGGUGAUCAAGUUCUCAUGAAGAUUGGCCGCAAGCUUGGAGACGAGUGGAUGGAUGUUGGUGUGGCAUUAGGAAUGGAGUACAUGGACCUUAAAAACACAAUUGAAAGUAACCCCAAAAUACCGCACCACCUCAAACCAAUGGAAAUGUUUCAAAAGUGGAAAAAUAAAGCUGGUGACUCUUUCACGUAUGCAACACUGGCCACAGCACUGGAAGAAGCUGACCUCGAUACAUGCGCACAAACAAACUGUUAUGAAUAAUGAUAGAUCUAGGACCACUUUAUUUUUAACACUUCAUACAUUCUAUUAUGCCUCGAGGCGUAGCCGCACGAGGGAUACGGUAAAGCUGACUGUGUGUGUCUGUCCAUAGAUACUAUCCGACUAGAAAAACAUUUGCAAUGUGAAAAAUUGCUAGGAUUGGCCAGGGGAACCACAAAAAAGCGUGGAAACAAGAAAUCAGACGAGAGCAUAACUCCAAUCCGUUACAACGUCAAUCACAUGUACUGGUAGUUUUCCAUGUUUUCUCGUCCAUGCGCCAAUAUACCACGCAAUUUUUACUGGUGCAUGGAGUGAUGACCAUGCAAUCCCUAUAUAUUUAUAUUUUGAAAUGUGCGGGCAUAUAAUCAUGUGAUUUGUACUGAAUUGAUGUUCCUAAUACAUGGAGUCUUGAGCACAGGUAUACACAGUCCAUCCAUGCGUAGUAACAUUCACGGACCGUACUCAGUCUGGUGACCUGCAUGGAAUGAUGUGGUGGAUGGAAGCUGCAUGGUAGAUGGAUCUGGAACACAGUAUAUAUACUAUGCAUUGUACAUGUUCAUGACGUUGUAACGGAUUGGAGUUAUGCUCUCGUCUGAUUUCUUGUUUCCACGCUUUUUUGUGGUUCCCCUGGCAAAUCCUAGCAAUUUUUCACAUUGCAAAUGUUUUUCUAGUCGGAUUCCCUUUCUUUUUCAGUACAGAAGUAUAAAUUUACGUAUUAUAACAUGCAUAAGUGGAACGUCAAGAGGCAGUACAGAAGUUCAAGAAGAGAAGACAGGACUAAUCAGAUAUCUUCUCGAAUGUCUCUGGACUAAUAAUAAAAUUAUUGCUUGAUAAUUUAUGUUGAAUUUGUGAAUCAGUAUUAAAUAACAGCCAUUUUAAUUAAGAACAUGAUAUCUAGCCAGUGCAUAUAGCAUGCCUGUCAGAGAAAGGGAGCUAGAGCUGAACAGUGUAAAGAAAAGCAACACCUCAGGCUCUGGAAAAGCACUGCACUGAUUUUAGGCGCAGGGUUUCUUAGCCACGCCUAUCUAUUAUUUGGCCACACAAUUGCUGAGUCAUUAAAGAUGGCGGAAUUGUCUAGGUAAGAGAAAUAGAGACUGAGAGGUCAUCUGCCUCGUGGAAGCAAUCUCAAAUCUGAAGAAGCGCUUUGUAAUCCAGGUUGUAGUCGUUUGGAAACCAAGUGCAGAAUGUCCUGGAGAUGGCUGUACUUGGAGUAAAUGCUGGGCAAGAAACUUACUUACCGUAUAUCUUCUAAUUUAUCGGACACUUCUAAUUACCCCGGACACUCUUUUGGGCAAUUUUUGUUGUUCUAAUACAACGGACACUCCAGUACUUUAAUAUUACAUUUGUUCUAAAUAUCCGGACAAUACCUUGAAAAGUUGAGUUACCAUUCAUUGACGGCAAGUAAGACUUAGAGUGCUGCAGUUAGAUAGCUUUGAGUAGCUAGUUUUAGAUAGCUAGUGCAACUAUUCAGUCGUACCCUGUUCUAUUAAACUUAGCUAGCUCGCAUGCAGCUGCUUGCUUGUUCUAAUUAUUCCGGACACUUCACAUGCUCUAUAAAAAUCUGUUCCAAUUAUACCCGGACAAUUUCCAAAAUAAUUAUUUUUUGCUGUCCGAUAAAUUAGAAGAUAUACGGUACUUACUUAGUCAGUCCAGGAGAGAGGGAUUGGAAACGGAAGUGGGCCUCGGAAAACAUCCGCGCCUCGCUUUCUUGUCUUCUUUUCUUGCCUCAAAUGAGGAAAACUCAUUGCAUAAGCGGUGAAAGAAGAGGGAAAGAGACACAAUCAGCAGUGCAUUGGUACAUGGUAAUAGUAAGGAGAAUGUGCAGAGCUAGUGGUACAGACUACACCCGACUCUAUGUGUUUCAUUUAUUGGAUACUUGUUUCACAGUAGAUAUAAAAUCAUCAGAGGAUGCUUAGUUCCCUGAAAUUGUGAAUGUAUUUGUGACUGUCAGAGGCUUCUCUUUUGCUGCCAACUUAAUGAAAAAGAAAACCAUCAAGAAGUCCACUAGUUUGAGGCAAUAACCAUGAUCAUUCACACGACAAGAUACAUAAUACACCAUGUAACUUUCUAAUUGUUUUCACUUUUGAUGAAUCAAUUGUACGAAGUUUCUAUAUUAUUAUACUAGGCUGGUGAGCAUACAUUUCAAUUUCCAAUUCAUUAAGUAUAAUUGUGACCUGGCAUGCAAAAAGGUACCUAUCCCCAAAAAUUGAAAUUCUGAGAUUUGUCAUCCAUCUCAAACUUUAAUACAUCAAAAACAUGUCUGCAAAAAAGAAACACUAAGUUGUCAAUGGUUUCGCAGCUAAGUCCCUAGCAACAGUAAUCACUCUAAAUGUGCGUGGGCGUUAUGGGGACAGCUUUGCUCGUUUGUGUAACUGUUCGUUGCUGGCGGGUUCCGGUACUGAAAUUUUUGGUCACGUAACGUCUUCAGCUACAUUUUAGAUCAAAAUUGAAUGUUUCCAACAGGCAGUCUUGUGAAGUUCAAGUAAGCUCGAACAAUUUACCUAGAAGGACUUAUUUCUUGGUCUUCAAAAAAAUUUAUCAAAAUCAAGACAAGAGGUGGUAGAUCUAGUUGAGGGUCCCAGAACUGUGUUUCAAACAACUCUCCAUUGGCAUUCCUUGCUUUAAUUUAGUUCUUCUGGUAGACCAGGAGUAGAGUCAACAUCUUUAUAACUUUUUGACUGGGUGUAACUUUGGCUAGGAAGAAGAUAGGGAGGCCAACUUGGAGUCUAAUGAAAGCUCAUUACCUACUGAAGCCAUGUGUGUACUUCAUUGUGAUGUAAGGGGAAAUCCAGCCCUGGUUGCCAUGGAAAAUGCAUGUGUCCUGGAAUGUGACCAUGUGUAAACUUUACUACCAAUUUACCACAAAGCUGUAAAAGUUGGAUAGGUACCUUUUUGCAUGCCAGGUCACAAUUACAUACACUUGGAGACAGCAAAACACUCCACAGCACUGCCAGUUGCUUUCUAAGUGUAAAACAAGUGGGAUCAAACCGAACAACAUUAAUUAACAAAAACUUACACAAUAAAAAUGAUUAUUACAGCUAUAAUUAUGAUUAGUUUAGCACUCUAAUCAGACAGGAGCUUUGAUUCGAGACUGAAGAUACUAAGCAGGUCUUUGUUGAUAGAAUUGACAGUGCUAAGCUUUUAAUUUUCUUGCUGCCAGAGGUUCAUUGGCCUUGGAAAACAUGAAGAUUUGCAAACUGAUGUUGUUGUUGAAGAAGUAACGAAGUGAAGUGUUGAAAGUCUGUAGGGCCAGGGAACACCUAGUGGGUUCGGGUAUCGUCCAAGCACCUCCUGAAGAACGGAAAUUGAUUGUACUACUAUUGUCGCUUUGAAAGACUACCGUCGCUUGUUGACAGGACAGUGUUCUUGGCAUCAACCUCUGUAUAUAGAAAAUAAUCAAUUUCGCCAAAUUUCUACAAUGCACAAUGGCGUAGUCUCAAGUCUCAAUGCCGUCUAUUUAUAUGCAAGAAAGCAAGGAAAACUCUUUGGAAGAGUUCACUGGAGUAAUGCUCACUGUAGCUAACCUGGAGCUGUAUAGACAUAGCCUUUUACUGUACCUACAGACCUACCUAAGCAUUAUUUAUUUGUCAGCCAUAAUCAUAAAUUUUUAUUUUUGUCUUUAGAUUCUGGUAAAGAAGAAAACCCACCAGGAAUGUAUUCCCCUCCCUUCUGUGUAUUUUUUUAGUAUUCA